UCGGCUGGCCUGUUUUUCCGCGCCCGGGCGCCACCACCUCACAAGCUGCCAGUGAACUUGACGGCAUGGGGCUUCCGGAGGAGCGGGGUCGCGGCGGCCGAGGCGCUGGGGGCCGGGAAGAGCCCGGAUCCGGGAAUCGGCCGCGCAGCUGGACUCCGCCGCCGGACAUCAGCCGUUCCGCGCAUGUUUCCUCGCUGCAGCGCUACCGCGAGCUGCACCGGCGCUCUGUGGAGGAGCCUCGCGAGUUUUGGGGAGACAUUGCUAAGGAAUUUUACUGGAAGACCCCAUGCUCUGGCCCAUUCCUCCAGUACAACUUCGAUGUGACUAAAGGGAAAAUCUUCAUUGAGUGGAUGAAAGGAGCAACUACCAACAUCUGCUACAAUGUACUGGAUCGAAAUGUCCAUGAGAAAAAACUUGGAGAUAAAGUUGCUUUUUACUGGGAGGGCAAUGAACCAGAGGAGGCCUCCCAGAUCACAUACCAAGAGCUUCUGGUCCAAGUAUGUAAGUUCAGCAAUGUUCUUCGAAAACAGGGUAUUCGGAAGGGUGACCGAGUAGCCAUUUACAUGCCCAUGAUCACAGAGCUUGUGGUGGCCAUGCUGGCAUGUGCCCGCCUUGGAGCUUUGCACUCCAUUGUGUUUGCAGGUUUCUCUGCAGAGUCUCUAUGUGAACGGAUCCUGGAUUCCAGUUGUAGCCUUCUCAUCACUGCAGAUGCCUUCUACAGAGGUGAAAAGCUUGUGAACCUGAAGGACCUGGUUGAUGAGGCCCUGGAGAAGUGUCAGGAAAAGGAUUUCCCGGUAAGAUGCUGCAUUGUGGUCAAGCACCUUGGGCGUGCUGAACUGGGCACAGGAAACUCUCCCAGCCAGGCCCCACCAAUUAAGAGAUCAUGCCCAGAAGUGCAGAUAUCCUGGAACAAGGGGGUUGACCUGUGGUGGCAUGAACUCAUGAAAGAGGCAGGGAGUGAGUGUGAGCCAGAGUGGUGUGAUGCAGAGGACCCACUCUUCAUCCUGUAUACCAGUGGCUCCACAGGAAAACCCAAGGGUGUGGUACACACAGUUGGAGGCUACAUGCUCUAUGUGGCCACGACCUUCAAGUAUGUGUUUGACUUCCAUGCAGAGGAUGUUUUCUGGUGCACAGCAGAUAUCGGAUGGAUCACUGGCCAUUCUUACGUCACCUAUGGGCCAAUGGCCAAUGGUGCUACCAGUGUGUUGUUUGAGGGGAUCCCCACCUACCCAGAUGUGAGCCGUCUAUGGAGCAUCGUGGACAAAUACAAGGUCACCAAGUUCUACACAGCACCCACGGCUAUCCGCCUGCUCAUGAAGUUUGGAGAUGAGCCUGUCACCAAGUAUAGCCGGGCCUCCUUACAGGUGCUUGGGACAGUGGGUGAACCCAUCAACCCUGAGGCCUGGCUGUGGUACCACCGUGUGGUAGGUGCUCAGCGCUGUCCCAUUGUGGACACCUUCUGGCAGACAGAAACGGGUGGCCACAUGCUGACACCCUUGCCUGGUGCCACACCCAUGAAGCCUGGCUCUGCUACAUUCCCAUUCUUUGGUGUAGCUCCUGCAAUCCUGAAUGAGUCUGGUGAGGAACUGGAAGGUGAAGCUGAAGGUUAUCUGGUGUUCAAGCAGCCCUGGCCAGGGAUCAUGCGCACAGUCUAUGGGAACCACGAACGCUUUGAGAACACCUACUUUAAGAAGUUCCCUGGAUACUAUGUGACAGGAGAUGGCUGCCGCCGGGACCAAGAUGGCUACUACUGGAUCACAGGCAGGAUUGAUGAUAUGCUGAAUGUGUCUGGGCACCUUCUGAGCACAGCAGAAGUGGAGUCAGCACUCGUGGAACAUGAAGCUGUUGCAGAGGCAGCUGUGGUUGGCCACCCACAUCCUGUAAAGGGCGAAUGCCUCUACUGCUUUGUCACCCUGUGCGAUGGCCACACCUUCAGCAGGACCCUCACCGAGGAGCUGAAGAAGCAGAUUAGAGAAAAGAUUGGACCCAUUGCCACACCGGAUUACAUCCAGAAUGCACCUGGCUUGCCUAAAACCCGCUCAGGUAAAAUCAUGAGGAGGGUGCUUCGGAAGAUUGCUCAGAAUGACCACAACUUGGGGGACACAUCUACCGUGGCUGACCCAUCCGUCAUCAACCAGCUCUUCAGCCAUCGAUGCCUGACUACCUAGUAAACAAGACACAGGGCCCCCCAUCUGGCUCUCCAGAACUUAGUCCACCCUCCCUGCCCCUAACCUGGAGUUCUGAGGACCAUUGCUGACCCUGAUACCUCCCUUGACCAGCUGAAUGAAUCGUAGGACCAGCUUUGUCCCUGGGUAGUGGCAACUUCCUGUGACUGCCAGGUCAAUGGGACAGGGCACAGGUCAACCUCAGGUUUCUGUGCCCCAAAACUGCCUCUCCCCACAGACCACAAAGAGCCCUUGGAGUACAGAACAGAAAACUGAAAGUCACUCACUGAACUAAGAAAAGUGUUCAGAGGGCAAAAGAGGGGCUGGAUUGAGGAGGGAGGCAGUUCUGUAAUCCCACACCAACUUUCUCAGGAAGUCCCAUGCUUAAGCUGGGUAGGCGCUUGCCCUUAGCAUGCCUACCUGUGAGACCUAGGACUAUUGAUCAUUACUUUUAAAAAACACUUUGUUGCUUCUUUUCUGGGUCUGAAUUCCCUCUUGUACCAGGUGGCAAUGCUGUCUGCCCAUUUGCUCUAGAGGCUGUGUGGGCAGCCUCCCUCUCCAGAGGGUUUUCUGAUCAUCUGCUUCUUUGCAGGCAAUGUGUCUUGUUGCUAAGGCCAGAGAAGCUUGUUUUCCUUGUCCUCUGUUCCCACGUGUCCCUGAUUAAAGCCCUGCCCAUGAGAAACAUGCAGAUGAAACUCUUUUCUGGCCCUGGUUGUAGGAAUAAAGUCUGUGACCUAGGAAAGGAGGUCUGUCUUUU